AUGAAGGCAGUGAGACACAUGACGGCCAGUCAGCGCAUAGACCAAGCGUUCACGGUGGCUGAGCAACAGCUGGGGGUGACCAGACUACUGGAUGCCGAGGGUAAGCUGGGGGCGACAGUCGACCCGGCGAUGGAGUUUGGAAUAAGCGAACAUCUGGAGUUUGCUGAGGUGAACAUGCUUUGGAAGAGGCUGAUGGUCUCCACACAGGAGAUGGAGUUGGCCCUGCACCAAGAGAUUAGCAGGCUGGAGAAACUGCAGCAGACAGCAGACAAGGUGAACCGAGACACACGGAGCCUCGGCGUCAAGUUACACACCAUCGACAAGAGGCUAGCCGAUGAUGAGCUGCUCAUCCCCGGCAUGCCGCUGGCAGACGCGCGCUUCCACUGCGACCAGCUGGAGCAGGUGCUCAAGCUGGCAGACGAUGCACUGAGGGGCAUCUACACGGCAAUACAGAACCUACGCGAGGACAACUACGACCAACAUGAGACACUCACUGUCGGAGCCGCAGGGCUGCACAGACUCCUGCUGGCGCUGCGUGACCGCUACAACCGCGGCGUCGGCGCGCACAUGCACCGCAACCUCUACCUCACCGAGGAGUACGUCAUCACGGUGACGCGCACGCAGGAGAUUCGCACCGAGGUGAAGUCCUCCACCGACGAGAAGAGCUCCUCGUCGUCGCUGAAGCGCGGCGCCCCGCCGGCGCGUGCGCGGGACGACGUCGGGCGGCGCGCGGCGACCCUCGAGAGGUCAGAGGUCACGCGGAGGUCGGAGGUCACGCAGAGGUCGGACGCGGCAAGGAUGGAGCGACGCACACCGGACGGGAUGGACGACGACGGGGAGACGGCGAUGAGGAACGGGAUCGUUGACACGCGACCUUACUAUAGCCGCGUGCAAGAGUGCAUGCGCUGGAUCGAGAACAAACGGGACAUACUGGAAGCAGGACUGUGGGGAGAGGACCUUGAAUCUGUACAGCGCCACCUGGCGGAUCACAAGCUGCAAUACACCGAGAUUUCUGACUUCCACACGGAAGUGGACAAGUGCAGUGAAGACAAGACACAAUUUUCCGGCGAUGAAUUGUACACAUACAUGCAGCUGGUCUCACAGUUGGAGACAAAGUACUCGCAUCUGAUGGACAUGGCCAUCCGCCGUCUGACGAUGCUUGAAUCAGUCGAAGAGUUUCUACGCGAGGCGGCCAUCGAGUUGCCAUGGAUACGCAAGCGGCAGCAGAUUGAGCUGGCGAGGGACUGGGGCGACACGACCGUGGAUAUCACUGAGGUUGCGCGGUACCACGAGACACUUGUGAGUGAGAUUGAAGCUAGAGUGGUGAAACUGAUGGAUCUACAGCAGCAGGGACGGGACAUCAUCGAGAUGAACCACCCAUCAUCGAAGGCUGUACAGGUGCUGCUGCACCAGCUGGAGACGGAGUGGGCGUGGCUGAUGGAGCUACGGCUCUGCCUGAGCACGCACCUCGAGAAGGUCACGACCUUCCAUCGCUUCUUCAAGGACGUGCACGAGUGCGCCAAGGUCAUCAGCCAGGCGGCCGAGGAGCUGCGCACGAAACAUGGCGUCCGCGACGUCACGAUGGAGGAGGGAGAGCGCCACCUACAGGACAUGGAGGCAGUACAGCAGCGGCUGGAGGAAUACGACACGAUGGUGGCGUCGCUGGUGCAGCGCAGCAAGACCAUCAUUCCCCUGAAGCUACGUAAGCAGCGGAUUGGCUCGCCGCGCCACGCUAGCGCCCUCUGCAACUACAGCUCGGACGAGGUUACAUUCCACACGGAUGACGAUUGCCUCCUGCUGGACAACUCGCAGGCCACCAGGUGGCGUGUGCGUAACACGGCGCGGCAGGAGGACGUGUGCCCGUCCGUCUGCUUCCUCAUCCCGCCACCGAACGACGAAGCCAUUGAACUCGCUCAAAGGCUGCAGAAACAGCUGGAGCAGUUGAAGUCGCUGUGGAGAGACCAGAACACAAAGCUGAAGGUGCAGAUGCUCUACACAGCUAUAAACAUGGUCAAGUCGUGGGACCUACAGCAGUUUAAGAAGCUGGGACCGGACAGGCGGGAGCAGAUCAUCACAGCCCUGCAGCAGGACCUCAGCGGGCUGAUGGCGGAGAGCAAGGGCAGCCAGCAGAGGGAGCUGUCAUCGCUGCAGCAUGAGGUGCGGGCGUGCAUCGAGGUCUACACGCACUUCACGACAACUCUACAGCGAGAAGGUGACGAGAAGGGCUUGACAGACGUGCUGUCAACGCUGCUGGUGACACUGGACAAUGCUGAGCGCAUGUUGGAGACACGCUGUGCGUCACCUCUCCCUGAGGACAGUGACACACUGAGGGAGUAUGUCAGUGAACACAGGGAUCUGCAGUUCCACAUGCAGGAGCAGCAGUCGGUACUUGACAAGCUGCAGAUAGAUGUCAGCACCGUACGCAGCCUCGUGGAACACAGCCGGCCGCGGCAGACGCAGCACCCAGACCUCGACAAGCUUGAGAUGGGCGCCGAGAAUCUGCAGCAGCGAUGGCACGUUGCCCAGGUUCAGACUGCCGACAGGCGGGCGUGCGUGGAGAAGGCGAGCGACGACCUACUUGUCUACCAGGGGGAGCUGCCGAUCGAGCGUGAGUGGCUGCGGGUGAUGGGUCAGCGCGUGGAGGAGCUACCCCGCAUCUCUCACCAGCCAGAGGAAGCGCGAACACAGGUGCAGCAGGCACUG